AUGAAUUUGGAUAUGGAAAUCACCGACUCUGAUAUUAGAGUUGUUUCCAAGUGCAUGGAUCAAGUCUGUGACAUUGGAUGUGGAGAAGGUGCAUUACUACAGAUACUACUCAAUGACACUCAGUUUACAUACUUGGCUGGCGUGGACGCCGAUUCGAAUGUUCUGUCUGGAUGCCACUACGCAUGUCAGCCUUCAGAAAUGGAUCAUGCCUACUUGAGAGAACUCCCCGUAGAGCUAGACCUGUUCCAUGAUGGAAAUUGCAGCAGCCACGUAUUUAUCCUGAAAUGCUCUGUAUUAGGAUCGCUGGAUCAACCAGAUGAGCGAUUUGUGGGAUUUGAUGCUAUGACGUGUCUAGAAGUAAUAGAACAUCUGGAUCCCCCUGUCCUUGCGACAUUUCCUGCAAUUGUACUGGGAUUAUACCGACCCAGUCUGCUGAUAGUAUCUACUCCCAAUGCAGAGUACAAUGUAUAUUUUUCCGAAUUGCAGUAUGGAACUUCCAAUUCAAAGUUUCGUCACGACGAUCACCGAUUUGAAUGGGAUCGUCCAGCGUUUCAAGAAUGGGCAACUACCAUUGCAAGCAAGUAUGGAUACAAUGUAACAUUCACGGGAGUUGGUAUAGAGCCUAUGGAUAUCAGGAAAAAGAUUCACGAUGUUGGCUUUUGUUCACAAUUUGCUAUAUUCUGCAAAAAAGAGGAUGUAUUGUUUCCAUCACUGACUUUUGAUUAUUUUGCUCAACUGGGAGUAUCUCCACCUCAAAUCCGAUUUGCACAUGUGUCACGUACCACUUUUCCGUACUUUGAAGAGACUGGAUUUACAGAUGCAAACAUUAUUCAAGAGAUACAAGAUCGAGUGCCAUAUCUCAUUACGCCUCCAAAAGAUUCCUCUUGUUUAGUGAUUCCUUCAGGCUCCAUCAUUGAAGUUGAUGAACUCUGGAGCAUGCUGCGAAUUCGACAGAUCUGCAAAACACGUACCAGAUUGAUCGAUGCUCUUAGAUCAACAAAUGCAAACAAAAUAUUUGAGUUGUCUGCAGAUGGUCAGAAAAUAGCUGUCAUGUAUGAAGUUCCUGUAAUCGAGUAUACUCCAUGGGUAUCGCCAACUUCAACCGCGUCUAUAGUUUCUGAUGAAGAAUUGGCUACAAGCUCAGAUGAUGACUGCAAAGAAGUAAAACAAUUCAAGAAUUUAAAACUGACUGAUAAGGAACUGAAUCCACAGCAUAAUCAAACACAAUUUCAGCAACAGGAAGAUCAGAGUACACAGACAUGGGGUCAAAUGUAUGAGGAUGUUUUAGCCGAUACUGGAACAUGGUAA